AUGAAGUAUCCAGCAGUAAAGACAUCUCUAGUUGAUGUUUCCAGUAAGUUUUCAACUCCUUUCAGGAUAUUAUACAAGAAGGAAAGUGAACAACCUUCAGGAAGUUUCAAAUUAAGGGGAAUUGGUCAUUUAAUAGGUAAUUCAAUUGAAGAAUCCAGGGCAUUGGGAAAAGAUAAGGUUGAGGUAUUCUCUUCAUCGGGGGGUAAUGCCGGAUUGGCUGCAGCUUACAGCAGCAGAUACUAUAAUGUACCAUGUACUGUUGUGUUACCAAACUUCGGGAAACCUUCUGUCAUUGAGAAGUUAAAAGAGUAUGGAGCUACCGUACAUCUCAAGGGCGAACAUUGGGGAGAAGCGGACGGAUAUUUAAGAAAUGAAAUCAUUGGAAAUUUGGACGAAUCAACCGAUGCUAUUUAUUGUCACCCAUUUGAUGAUCCCCUUAUUUGGGAAGGAAACAGUAAACUAAUUGCAGAGAUAGAACAACAAUUAAGUGAAUCAGAACUUUCAAAAGUUAAAGGAGUGAUUUGUAGUGUUGGAGGUGGAGGAUUAUUCAAUGGGGUAGUCAAAGGAUUAAAAGAUUCAAAAAAUUUGAAGGAAGUUCCUGUUUUGGCAGUAGAAACAGACGGAGCUCCCAAAUUUGAUGAAGCUCUCAAACAGAACAAAGUGGUUACUCUUGAUAAUAUCAAAACCUUAGCCACAUCUUUAGCUUCUCCAUACAUCUCAGAACAGUCAUUGCAUAACUAUCACAGUCAUCCAGUAUCCAAUUGUGUAAUUCCUGACUUACAAUCUGUCAAAGGAUGUGUUGACUAUUUUGACACAUUUGGGGAAGUGAUUGAACCUGCGUGUGGGGCAUCAACAUCGAUUUUGACCGAAGGUCUGAACAAGAAAUUCUUGGACCAUUUCGGGGAAUUAAAACCUGAAGACAUCAUCAUAGUGAUAGUUUGUGGGGGCACUGUCACUACAAAAGAAGACUUAGAAGGAUUUAGAAAUUUAAUAUAG